AUGUCAUGGAUCACAAGAAGAUCCGAGCUACAGGAGCACGACUGGGAUCUGCUCGACUUCUCGCCACAGCCCAACGAAGCAUUCCAAAUCUCGAAGCCGACUGAAGCUACCCAACCCGAAGAUCCCUGUUCUUUCGUUUCCAGCAACGGCCCGAAUCCGCAAACCAAGCGACAGUUUCUUGCGUGUGACGAUGACAUCGGUCAAUGGUUGGAUACCAUUUGCAAAUGGAGCCAGGAUACGAAAGGUUCGAGCAUAAACUUGGUCAUUGCCUCGAAAACCGACUCCCUUGAUGAGCUCCCGUUUAGUAAGACAGGAUUUGAAAACAUCAUCAAUAAGCUCAAAGUCCAUGGAUCUAUUGUUCGGGCUAUCAAUCGCAAUACGAGCUGUGCCUUCAUCCAUUUCCCAUUCACAUGGAGCCUCGCGAGCGCGAAGAUCCCGUCUACCGGUCAGACCUCCGCUUCCUGGGAGGGAGAUAUGGCCCUCUCUGUGACCUUCUUUCCUGGAAGUCUCACAACAAAUGCAGUUUGGUAUGGGUGUGAUUUGUCCAAGCGCAAGCUCUACGGAGAGUUGAUUACCGAUUCUGAGCUCAUCUACGGUCAACUGGAGAACUUCGACGGAGACGUCUUCCACCCAAUGGUUCUCCCGGUAGUAUUUGCUGGCUUCGAGAGGGAGAGGCACAUCGGCACAGUGAGGAAGUGUCUGACGCAGUUUGUCCAGCGAAUUCACGAUCUUGCCCACCAGGACCUCCGAUCAAUGAACGAGAAAGAAAGUUCCGUGAGCUCCGGAAACGAGAAAGUCGAUGUCAUCGCACCGCUGAUGAAAGUAGGGUGUUUGACAUCGUACUUUCGACUGGUAUCAAGACUCAUUCACUCAAAGGCUGCUAAGCCUGUUUCACAACCAAAGAUAAACUCGCACCAAUCGCAAGAAGAACAAGAGCCUGCCGUACUUUUGUGGCAGAACAUCAGUUUCCUAAGAAUCGGGCUACAGAACUGGCAGACCCAGCUCCGCAAGAUGAUCGAUCAUAUUGAUGAGCUUCGCGAUUCUGAUUUUGGCCUUCCCGUUGCAGCCAAAGUCCCGAGCAGCCAGACUAGACUGCGCAAACUCCAAGAGGUGGGAGAUAGACUGAAUACAAGGCUUCAGGACCUUGUUGAUGAGUACGAUGAGUACAUAAGACAAUGCACUCACAUCAUGGAUGGCCUCACCUUGGCAACACAGCUGGAACUGAACAGUAUCGGCCGCAAAGACGCAAGAAUAAACCUGGAGAUAUCCCGAGUGAAUCUUGAGGUUGCCCAAAUGACACGUCUCGAUGGUAGUCUCAUGAAGUCCAUCGCCAUGCUGGGCAUGGUCUUUCUUCCUGCUACCUUUGUCUCGACUUUCUUCUCUAUGGGCUUUUUUCAGUGGACAAAGGAAGACGGGGAGGGGAACGAUAUGUUAUCGCCGUACUUCUGGGUUUAUGUCGUUGUUGCUGUUGGGUUGACUAUUUUCACCAUGCUUGUCUUUUAUGCAUGCGCUCUGAGAGGAUCUUCAUCUACUGCUGAGAUCGAUCGGGAGCUUGCUUAA